UUGACAUUGAAUGUUUACCACCGUGUGUUUUUGACAAGUGCAGUCGAUUUUUGUGCAAAAAAUGUCAGAAAAUUUACAAAAACGACCCGCAAAGGGCAUUUUAAAAAAUUCCAGUAGUUUCGACAAACAAGAAUGCCAGCCUUCGGCUAAAAAAGCAAAGGAAACGAAAUGGGACGAAAUGAACAUUAUAGCAACGUACCAUCCCCCUGGAAAAGACUACGGACACAUGAAAAUUGACGAACCGAAGACCCCGUAUAACUAUGACGUCGACAUGGAUAACGUGGAUGGACUAAAUGCCGAGGAACUUGCAGAAAAAAUACGGAUAGCUGCAGAUAAACCACCGAAGGUUUUCGAGCCCGAAUCCGACAGUUCAGAUGAAGAGGAAGAACUGACAGAAGAAGAAAAACAGAGACGUAAGGAUUUUGAAUUGAAAAGGAAAAAACAUUACAAUGAGUUUCAUGCGUUACAAAUGGCAAGAAAAUUACUCGAGGAGGAAGAGGACGAUGACGAAGAGGAAACUUCGACAGUACAUACUUCAAGUACUCAAAAUUAGACUAAAAACUAUCGCAGGUAGUAGAAUUUUUCAAGGAAAAACUUGUUUUUUACGACUUUAUAAUACAUAUAGUACCAAUAACUAAAGAAUACAGUGAUCAGUGACACCAAGAUAUAAAUUGUUACUAUUUGACACCAAAGCUAUUUGAGGUAAAUCGAAAAAAAAAAUUAAGAAUUAAAUUAAAAUUCCAAUUUUAAUUGUUUCACAUUUGUUUUAAAUGUCUAAAUUAGCUUGUAAAUGGGGUCAGAUGUAUUUACUGUUACAAAUUAUUAGAUUUAUAAACUAUAUAGCCUCUUAUAAUUUAAACCGCAAAUUUUGUGUCUGUUCAUAUUCUUUAGUCAUUGCAUAGUACUAAACCUGUACUUUUUGUCGAUCAAAGUAUUUUAUUGAAACUAGAAAUUUUUAGAGAAAGUCAUCAAAAGUCAAAAAAGUAUUUAGCUCCAAGCAAGAGAACUUAGUCAAGAGGUGCUCAAAGUCAGUUUUGAUGGAAUUUUUUCAAAUAGUAGGCAUAAAAUUUUAUUUUUAUACAAAACUAUAUUGUUUUCAUACUAUUAUACCUCAUUUUUCCAUUUUAUAUUUAUUGUCUAUCAAUUAUUUUGAAUGAUUUUAAGAGGAAUUAUAUGAAAUAUGCUUAUUUUUUUCUAUCAAAACGCAAGAAGAAUUUUUUUGAGCCCGAUGUUGAAUGAUAAAAAUAUAUUUAUUUAAAUUAUUUUUAGAAGGGUAUAUUUCUUCCAUUAAACUAUAGAAUAAAGUUGUAUGAAUGGUUAUAGUCUCUUAAAUUAUGUUCUAAACAUAUUUUUAGAAGACUAGUGUUUGUAUUUGAAGUUAAGAUUAUUUACUAUACAUGUUCACUCAAAAUGGUUCUUUAAUUUAAAUUUAGGUGCCAUUUUAUAUAGUUUCAACAUUUUAGAGGACUUACAUGGUGUUCCAUUUAAAAGUAUCUUCCUGUAUAAUCAAAAUAAAAUAAAAUAACUCAUUGACUGAAAUAGUUUGAACAUUGUGUAAGUAGCAUGUUUAUAAAAAAAUAGGCAGCCUUUAAUAAUUUAAAAAUAAUAUAUUUGGCUGUGCAUAUACAUGAGCUAGCUAGUAAUAAGUAUAAUAGAUUUGUUGUCAAUUAAUUUAUUAUAAAUUUUUGCUUGCUUUCUUUUAAUUUCACUAUUUAUUUAGAAGUACCACUUAAGUUUUUGUUUUAAUGUAAGUAAGAUUUAUUUGUAUGGUAUAGAUUUUAUAAAUAUAUAUAAAUUAUAUUUUGCUGA